AAAAUGUUGUGGUGGUUGAAGUUGAAGAAGUUUUUAAGAGGAAGAAUUCAAGAUUUGAAAUUAGGAACGAAGAUUCGUGAGAACUUGUGUAGGUUUUGUUUAUUGAGAAAGAUUUUGUAUCAAAGUUUGACCAGGUUCCUACACUGAACUACUACUGCUAUUUAUAUUGUUUUGGAUUGGGAAAAUUAUAUGACUGGGGUCAGGUAAUCGAUCCUAUCUGAGCCUUAAUCAGAGCAACGUGAUCUUGGGAUAAUUAAUGUAUGAUUAAUUAUAUAAAUGUGUGUAGUCCCAAUGAAGUAUUAACAUCGAAAGUAAAUGUGUUUAUGAGUUAUAAUUAUGCUUAUAAUAAUUCACUGAUGUAUCCCAUAUUAUGGUGAUAUCAUCAUAUGAAAUAUAAUCACUAUCAUGCAUGCUAAACCUCUGAGGCCUUAUAUUAUUUCCUUCAGACUUAUUCUCAAUUACAGCAGUAGUCAAUACUCAUUUACAACAAUUGGCAUCCUUGUUCAUAUCCAGUAUGCUGAUACACUUAAGGCUAAACUGACAACUGCUUCUGUUGAGAUUUUGGAUGCAUUUGAUCCACUUGACCCUGAUAAUGUUGCUGAUCCCAAGUAUGCAUCUCUGCCCACUCAUGAACUUGCCAACACUGCUGCCAUGCUUCACCAUGAUAGAUGUCUCCAAGCUCUUCAGUUCUUGCAUCCACAUGUUGCUAUCUCAGUUGGUCACUUCUUUUCUGGCACCUAUAGGGGCUCUAUGGUUGUUUCCAUUCUAAUCUCACCUCACUGUCCUUAUGCUGUCACUCAAAUAUCUAUGCCCUCAAAAUAUGCUCUGGCUGUCAAAAUUGGCUCACUCAGAAUUGUAUGCUUAUAUCUUCCACCAACUAUGCCUACUCAUGAUGUUCUAUAUGUACUUUCUUCCAUUCCUUUAACACAUGAUACCAUUCUUUGUGGUGACUUUAAUGUAAGACUUGGCUCUGUUACUGGGGACUAUGCAUCAAAUUCUCAUGGACUGGCACUAUGUUCUUGGAUAGAAGAGAGAUCUUUAUCAGUUGUAAAUGCAGAUUUUACACCUUGCAUACCAACAUAUAUUUCUUUCCGCAACAACUAUGAAAUCAGCAGUAUUAUUGACCUCUUUAUAACUAAUAUGUCACUCAUCAAUCCUUCUCUUCAUGUUGCUACUGACUUGUCACUUGGAUCAGAUCAUCGUCUUUUAUCACUUUCCUUCACUUAUGAUCUACAGCACUCUACAAAUAUGUCACCACCAUUACACAAGACAUAG